AUGGAGAAGAUUGAAAGAGAAGGUCUUAAUUUCAUGAAUAUGGAUUCCUUCUCUCAACUUCCUACUAUCCGACCCGUUAACGAAAAGUCCAUUAGGCUUUUCGGUAAAGAAUUUGGUGGUGGUGGUGGUGGUGAUAGUACUAAAACUAUGGAGACCAUCACCAACAUGUCUGAAUCCAUUGGCAGUAAUGGUUUCCGCAACAAGCAUGAAACAAAUAUAGUGAAUCAUGCGAGCUGUACUGCUAAAAAAAGUUAUAUCAGCAAGAAUGACGAAAUCAACAGGAAAUAUGAUUGUCAGUAUUGUUUUAAGAGCUUUCCAACUUCUCAAGCUUUAGGAGGCCAUCAAAAUGCACACAAGAAAGAAAGACAAAAUGCCAAACGAGCUCAGUUUCAGUCUUCAAUAGUGCAUGAGGCGAGCAGUUACGGGAUAACGGAUCGUCAUUGCCUUAUUGCAGCAACAAGAACUCAUCAUCAUUCAACACGGACAAAUAUUAACAAUAAUACUCCUAAGUUUUAUGGAAAUGGCCAUAAUGCUAAUGUUACUAGUCCUAUAAAUGGAAAUCCAUUGGCAUUUUGGCAGAAUCCUCCAGAAGUUCAUCAUAAUAAUUCUUCGUCUUAUUCUAAUUAUUUAAUUUUUUCUAAUGAUGACUUGAUUAGGACUUCUCCAAUGGUUAAAAUUAGCACUAAUUGUGAGAGCAAUUUUGUGUAUGAACCAAAAGGAGAAGUUCAAGAUCAUGUGAGUUUAGAUUUGCACUUAUAA